UAUGUCUCAUACUCGGAGGUAGAGAGUCAGAGCUGCUCGUCCGGCGGAUCUCAACCUCUGAAUCCAACCCCCGUGUCUUCUCUCAUCCUUCCCCUCUCCCCUUCUCGCUCACCCGGGUUGCUUUCUCUCCGGAGCCGCGGGAGCUUCUACGUCUUCUUUCUCUCGACUUCGGCCAACAGUUUGCUCUUUUUGGAUUUGGGUUUUUCUUCUUGGACGUUUUGAUGAGUACUCGCUGCUGAUUUCACUCAGCACUGCUCCUCGCUGCUGCCGCUGCUGCUUCUGCCGCCGCUGCCGCUUUUACGCACCGACGCUUAUUUUGGAUUUGCUCGGCAGCACCGCUGGAGAAAAACGGAGAAAGACAGUAAGAAGCAAGAACAGCGAGGUGGAUCCGUGGAUGCGCCCCUUUGGCUCACGCUGGAGAUGGAAACGCUGAUAUUGUUAUUUCAUUCCCUGUGGAUAUUGCAAUGCAACACUGUGAGCGCCGACUCCAUCAUUCACAUCGGUGCGAUAUUUGAGGAGAACGCAGUGCAGGAUGAUCAGGUGUUCCAGCUCGCCGUGUCUGACCUCAGUCUGAACGACGACAUCCUGCAGAGUGAGAAGAUCACACACUCGAUUAAACUCAUCGCGCCCAACAACCCUUUCCAGGCGGUGCAGGAAGCCUGUGAGCUGAUGAACCAGGGCAUCCUGGCGUUGGUGACCUCUACUGGCUGCGCCUCAGCGAGCGCCCUGCAGUCCCUGACGGACGCCAUGCACAUCCCACACCUGUACAUCCAGAGGAACAGCGAAGGAUCUCCUCGCACUGCCUGCCAGUUCAACCCAAGCCCCGGCGGGCAGCGCUACACGCUGGCCGCCCGGCCGCCCGUACGCCUCAAUGACGUCAUGCUGACGCUGGUGGAGGAGCUGCGCUGGCAGAAGUUCAUCGUGUUUUAUGACACCGAGUACGGUGAGUGA